GAAGAAGAAGAAGAAGUUUCCCGCUUUUUGAAUCAGAGCUGCAGGAUUAUCGAGUGUGUGAGUAGGAUCGACACCGGCCAUCAUGCAUCUCUGUGCAGGAGUGAUAUUACUGCUAGUCCCCUGUGUGGUGCUGUCCGUAGACCGACAGAAGGUGUUUGGGAAUCUGCAUGAGUCGGCGUCUCUCCCCUGUACUGUGCAGUGCUCUGGUGAACUGACCUGGACCAGGUUUCAGAAGCAGGACGAUGUUCUGGUCAGGUGUAGCAGCGUCUCGUGCAGGUCUAAAGACGGGUUUAUUCUCUCUUAUGAACAGUACCUGAAGGGGAAUUCCUCCCUGACCAUGCUGAAAGCCGAUUACAGCCUUCGAGGACUCUACAUGGCCAAGUGUGUCUCUGAGACCGUCUGUGAAGUCGUCUUUACAUUGUCCCCUCUAGAGAUGACCCGUGUGAUUGCCCCAGGUGAACCCAUAGACGUGCUCUUACCCCACACUGACCUGGUGGGGGUGAGUUUUACUGCCAGUGAUGCUGUACAACCAUCAAACCUGCAGAUCUGCACCGUGGACAAGGAGAAGAUCCAGUGCAGUCCAGAUUAUAAAGAGAGAGCGUCUCUCCUCAACACUCUUCAGAUUAAAGAUGGAGACGUCUCUGACAGUGGGAACUACACAGUACAGGAUAAAGUGAAUGACGAGACUUUAGCCAUCGUAACGGUCCAUAUGAGAGAGCCGUGUCCAGACAUCAAGCAGCAGGAAGGUGUACCAGUGUGGGUGGUUGUACUGAUACUGAUGGUGCUGCUGGUGGUUGUAGCUGUGCUUGUGGUUGGAUAUGUGAUGCAUGUGCGUCUCAGGAGAGAAGUUCAGCAGCUCCGUGAGAAUGCUGAGAACAGCAGACUCGCUCUCCUCCAGCAGAACGGAAACUUAGAUUUCCAUGUAUCUCAGGAAUUAUAGAUUAUCCCUUUCAGAUCUCCUGUCAUGCCUUUCAGCCUGUUCUACAAUUAUUUACUUCUAUUUACUUUCAGUUCUGUACUUAGAAAGUGUGGUUUACCACAGAGUCAGGUGCGCCUGGAGAGUCCGAAUGAACACACACAAUGACACAUAUGCACCGAGACUUCCGUUUUAUUCAUUCAAAACAGGGUUCUGGUAACAAAACUCGUUCAUUGUUAAAUACUGAAAAAAUCUAAACAGUGAGACACUGGCAGUCAGCUUUCUACAUUUUAUUAGCAAUAAAAGGAUACAGGUAUAAUUCAGUUCAGAUUUAUUAGUACAGCGUGUUUAACAGUGGACAUUGUCCCAGAGUGGGUAUUCUGUAUUAUUUACAGAAAUAUAUAAACUCAGGAUAUAGAUGUUAAAUGUAUGAAUUUAUCUCUAAUGAGCAGCCAGAGGAGACGGUGGUGAGGAAAAACUCCCUGAGACGAUACGAGGAAGAAACCUCGAGAGGAACCGGACCCAAAAGGGAACCCGUCCUCAUCUGGGUGACACCAGAUAGUGUGAUUAUAAAUAAAUACACCCCUUUUAUAAAUGUGCUAGCUCCAAAGCAGACUAUUACAAAGAUAAUAAGGUUUUGAAUAUGAAUAUAUGUUGAAUUUGUAUAUAGAGUACUGAGUUGCAGUAGACCAGUUUUGAGAUAACAAGAGCCUGGACUAGUAUCUGUGUGGCCUGUUCAGUGAGAGAGAGUUGUUUCUUGAUGUACAGGAUGAACCUACAGGACCGUGCAGUUGUUGAGAUAUGGUCUGUAAAGGUCAAGCUGUCAUUGAGAAUCACCCCAAGGUUCCUGGCCGUCCUGGUUAGCUUGAGUGUGGUUGAGCCGAGCUGUGAGGUUGUGGUUGAUUGAGGGACAGGCUGGGAUGACGAGAAGCUCAGAUUUUGCCAGGUUGAGCUUAAGGUGGUGUUUCCUCAUCCAGACCGAGAUGUCCGACAGGCAAGCAGAGAUACGUGCAGAGACGGAUGGAGAGAGAUAGGAUUCCCCCCAGUGCAGAACCGUUCCGGUGAUGUCUAGGCUGGAGAGAGGUGACCUCUCCUCUCGGUCGAGUGUCGAAAGCAGCAGAGAGGUGAAGUAGGAUGAGGACAGAUGAUCUAGAGGUUGCUCUUGGUAGUCUUAAGGGGGGGGGGACAG